CGGCCGCAUGGUUUUUACUUUUGUACGGCAGGUCGUCGUCGAGAGGCACAAACAUUCGAGUGAAGCGAAACGAACAACUCGUGACUCUGUUAUUUUGUUUUCGGAAAGACGACAGCACACUACUGUUACCGUCAGUCGACAUUGCACGCCGUUUUGCAUCUCUACACAGAAAAAAGGAAUUUGCUGCAUUCGUAAACAUCAAUGUGCGAAAGACGGCCGUCAUUUUAAAGACAUUACGAGAAACGUUUUUUUGAUUUUGAACGAAGACAAAAAAAAAAAAAACGAGGAAGAUGCCCGGCAUUUGUCCUCGUUGCAAAAAGAAUGUCUACUUUGCUGAAGAGAAGAUGGCCCUUGGCAAAUCGUUCCACAAGAUGUGCUUCGCUUGCGCCAACUGCAAGAAGAUGCUGGACAGCACGAACGCGACCGAGCACGACGACGAGCUCUUCUGUCGGUCCUGUUACGGCAAAAAAUUCGGGCCCAAAGGUUACGGUUACGGCGGCGGAGCUGGAGUGCUGAGCAUGGAUGACGGAACCGGAUACAUUAACGGCCCUCCAACUUCGAAUAUACCGCAAUUGGCACAGGCUCAUGUGGCCCCACUUUUAGCUAACGGAGGAACAAAUGUACGACAGACCAACGGAAAUGGUUACAGCAAAUUCGGAUCCAAGAUUGACUGUCGUCGAUGCGGCAAAGUGGUUUUUAUGGCCGAAAAAAUGAUGGGCGGAGGUUCGUGUUGGCACAAGAGUUGCUUUACCUGUUUGUCAUGCAAUAAACGACUCGAAUCGACGUCAUUGUGUGAACGUGAGGGCGAAAUCUAUUGCAAAAGCUGUUAUGGAAAACAAUUUGGACCGAAAGGCUACGGAUUCGGACUAGGAGCUGGAGUCUUGCAAAUGUCUGAAUAAGCUUUUGUUUUGCUGAGAGACAGCUACGGACGUGCAGAUUUGAAUGACACAGCCUGAAUUUUGGAUCCAGAGCCCACCGCUGAACGACGCGCGGGGAUACAGUGAAAUCUGUUUUACUCUUUUUGUUGCUAAGUAUAUCUUUAAAAAAACCUAAGCUGCCUUCUUAUGUAAGU